UUUCAAGAAAUGGAAGUCUACGAUGGCAACAAGAUAUGCAGAUUUUUAUUUUAUUACUGGCAGCAUUUGAGCAGCAGGAGAGUGUGAUGUUCCAGUUGCGCCGAGUUGGCCUACCUGCAACUAUUCCAUCAGUAAAGGAUGUGAUAAGCCUCAACAAGAAGUCAGUGGUGCUGGGCCGCAAGAAGGCUGCUGUGGAUUUCUAUCUUGAUUCCGCAAAAUAUGCGCAGCUGAUAUCACGACAGCAUGCUGUCAUUCAUCAACUGGACGUGGAAGAUGCUGCACCAGCGUGUAAAAUACUGGAUUCUAGUCUUAAUGGAACCUACGUGAAUGAUAUCAGGGUCACAGGUGAUUGCACAUUGCAUGAAGGAGAUCUUGUAACCUUUGGCCAUGUCAACGGCAUCAACAUUAAACCAGGCCAGUCAGCUCCACAGAAGAAUUCCGAGUUUAAGUUCAUGUUUGAGCGACACCCCUCGGAUAGCACGCCACUAAAAGACUGCACGACGACAUCAGACGACAACUGUGCCAACAGGACAUACGCUAGUGUGCGUCGUAAUGGCGCACUGUCCGAUAGAACUUCGAACAGCAAGCCCGCCGUUGAUGCGUCUCAUGCGCAACUUGCCGUGCAAACAAGUGAACAUGCGCAAGACACUUCAAGUGCCAGUGAAGUGUUGAGCUCUAAAAAAGUGCGGCGAGCAUCGCCGAAAAAAGGCAAGGUGAAGUCGCCACUGAAGUCAUCACCGCCAACGAUAGAAGUCGCCUUUGAUAAGCUGCAGAGUGCUCAGUCAGAGGGUGGCGGUAGUCGUGGCGGCGACGAGGACAAAAUUGUUGAGUUUCCGACGACAAUCCUAGUGCCAGAGCAGAAUGGGAGAACGAACCGCGUGUCACUCGAUGAGACUCUGUGCUACGUCGUCGAUAAAGACUCCGACGGCAUGCUGAGGUUGCCAGAGUGCAGCGAGAACUCAGCUGAUGAUUUUUCUAGGGACCACCCUGCUCUUGAAACAGAGGAAGAUAUAGACCAGCAUGUACUCAGGUUGGCUGAAGGUGUAGAGGUUUAUAGCGACAGCGACGAUGACAUCUUCAAGUCGUCUCUUCAGGUCGAGGACUCCGAUGACGGGAAUGCAUCGCCGGUCGUUGUGACUACCGAAAGGUCGCCCGCUGUGCAACCCACGACUAAGCGUGGCCGAGGGCGGGGCCGCGGCCGGGGGCGGGGCGGGCGACAGAGCAAGCUGGGACAGAAGCGACGGUUAUCGUCCGCCGAUUCCAUAGAGCAGCCUGGUAAGAGGAAGAGAAGGGGAGCCACUGGCAAGUCAAAAGGGAGACAGAAGCUGUCAUCGCAUGGAGAUGCACCAGCAACUGCCGGUAAACAGGUUAAGAAGGUGAAUGAUGACUACUACUGGCAUUAUGAUGAGGAUGAGUGUGCAGCAAGACAGAGCUGCAUCAAACCUCAGCAAGAAGCCGUCGACUGGGUGCAGUGUGACCAGUGUGAGCUAUGGUAUCACACAGACUGUGUCGGCGAGGAUCCUACGGUUGUCAAGCAGAUGGAGAUAUUCAACUGUGGCUGCAGCUCCUCAUAGACACAGCAGCCGGCCCUUCCAGACGUUGGUGUGGAGAAUUGGCGGAUGUGUGCGAGCAUACACGCGCCGUGCCAAUGAGAUUGCUGACUACCGUACACUGUACGUCGCCGUAUACGUAAUCGCCGAUGCUGUCACGGGCUGCCAAGCAGCUAAUAGCAAGUUGGGAUGUACAUACGGAACAACUACUGCAGGUUUUACAUCCAUCCACUUCCGCCGUCAAUCUGUGGCAUCCAAAUUCGACUCACAGCAAGCACUUAUAUGCAUUCACUUUGUGGACGUUUUCAUCUCGACUUUCAAGCAUUCAUUGCUCCCCCAAGUCUUCUAAUACAAACAUCUCCUUUACUAGUGCAUGGACAUUGAGCCCAACUUCUUGUUUCUACAUGUCGUGUAUUAAAUAAAGCAGUUAUUGAGGUGGCGAGUUGCGGGUAAUUUAACUUGUUGACAGCUAGGACCCUUGCAUGGUGCAAAACCUGUGCCGCUCAUCACAACAUGGCCAACACACAUUCUCAGUUUUCCACGGCGUCUCAUAUUUAAAGUGUAGGAGGUUCCAGUUAGGCAAGAUUAAAAGUAAGAGUUGUAGGUUGCUUGUGUAAAUAAAUGUAUAUCGUAUUGAUCGUUGGGGGUGAUGACAUAACUAGGGGGUUAGUUUGAUGUGAGAGAGGGUGCAUCGUACGUCCAUACGUGUAUCAGUGAACACUAACGUUGGCCACUCAGAACUGCAGCAGCAUUGCACACGGGAGUGUAAUAAUCGAAUAUAAAUCACUCAGAGUAUUAAGUAGACAGUGCUUGCUGCACUAGCUAUUGAACUAUAGUGCUCAGGAGUUUCCACUGUCACUCAUGUAGGCAUUCAUUCUAUACACACUGUCUAUGUUUCUCCAGCAGGUUAAAGGUUAUCAUAAUGGGUCUGAACGUGUAUAUGUUAGGUUGGCCUUAUUGAAUAGUCGUAUCAUUUCGUGAAUACCGUAUUCCCUGCGUAUUCAGAGCUAUUUCUUUCACGGCGUGUUCCAAAUCGUAACCAUAGUACUUCAAACAUUUUCUGAAUAGGAAUGUUAGCCUAAAUAAUGAAUAUUUGCAUAACCGGUAUUUCGAACAUCAGCUAGAUAAUAGGCGAACUCUUUAAAUAUUUUGUAUAUGCUUGAAAUUUAUCGAAUAACUUAAACAUGAAGAUCACCUAUAUCCAAUUUAUAGAAGCAUUUGGUAACAACCAUGUAAAAUACUGCUCGAAUUGAGAAAUAGACGAAUGUUUGAUCCAGUUACAGCUGUGGACACAGGACUAAAAGUAUGUGCGUUAUGCUUACAGUGUUGUAUAUUGGAGUAUAAAUUCUUGACAGUCAUUUAACACGUAUGGAACGCGAGACUUCCUGUAGUAAUAAGAGACUUCCUGAAGGAAUAUGUGACAUUCCGUAAUUAAAUGUAGUGGGAAGUGAGGCACUACACCUGAGUUUGAUGUUUUUAGACGAUCUUCCAUUUCCACAGUGUCACUGAGCCAUGUCUGUAACAUCUACGUGUCACGUAAGUGGGUCCACUGCCGAAUCUGAACUGUGUAACAAGACCAAGAAUCAAAAGUGUAGGUCCAACUUGUGUACGUGUUUGCACGUCUACCGUGCACGUACCCCUCCCUCUGUGUCUGUACGUGUUACUACUACUACUGCAUGAGUAUUUAUCGAACAAGAGUGGAAAUGCCCAUAUAUUGAUGAUGAAUGAUGAUGAUUCUACUACGGGUUUCAGGCAUUGGUAGGAGUUUGUAAAAACGCCACCAGGGUAUGACGGCAGCGACUGUGCCACGCCCCUUUCAUGUCAUGCGCCUGGCCAUAUAUACACAAUUAGGUUCGUAAUAUGUGUAUAUACUGCGGUAGCAGAGAUACUUUAAGCAUUAUUGAGCCGUAAAACAUCCGUGUUUCCGAAGUCAUGCGCAUUGGACAUUCGUUCUCUUGUUGGAUGGAUACCGCCUAUGUUUGUGUAGUAAAUGUGUAAGCCAGUACGGACAUGUCUGGUCGUAAUUUGUGUUCAUCUAGACAUAGUAGCAGUUAGAGCCAUUUUCCUUAUUAGUUCAUAUAGUGCCAUCAUUUAUGUAAUAGUUUAUAGCAUAUGUUCGUUGUAAUAAUAAUGAGAAUAAACAUUUUGUAUGAAAAACAA